AGAAAGCUGGGUUAAAGUGAGCGCUGGUUGAGCAGUGUGAAUCCCGUCCUCCGCACAUGUAGCACGAAAACUGAGCCGGGAGACAACUUUCGCCCCACUUUCUCUCCACUACUUUCUCUGGGCGGAUUCCAUCCAGGCUCGAGAGGGGAGGAUUGUCACGAAAAAUCCUAAAAAUUUAUGAUUGGAGAAUUGAAGUGCUUCAACCGGAAGUCUUGAUCAGCUGUUCCGAAAUCAAGAAUCUUAUACAUAUCAAAAAAAUCUUUCGAUCCACGAUUUUGAGUUUUUUUGUGUGAUGGUUAUUUGUAUAAUUUGAAAAUAAUUAAAUUGAGACGACCAACCGAUUGAGUUGCGAUUAUUUGUAAAUAUGGAUCGUGUUGGAGGAAUAUCUAGUAUGGAUUCUAAUAUUGGAAAGAUAAGAGAAUCUUUGGACAGUGUGGAGAUAUAUUCAUCAUCGUUUGUGGAUGCGUUGAGACACAAUCUUCGACUGUUUUAUGUUGCAUCGAUCGACUGGCUUAAAUCGUUAGAACAAAAUGAUAAAGUGUAUGCCUUGAAAAAUGUGUUAAUCUCAAAAAGUCAAGAUAUUUUAGACGCAUUACGAUCUCACGAGGUAUAUGCAAAAAUUUUAGACCGUGUCGACAAUCUUAAAUAUUUCAUGUACAAAGAAGUUUCGAAACAAGCAAUUUACUUUGGUUGUGGUGGGCUUUUAACUGGAGUUAUCGUUGGCGUGGCAGUUGGAUACGGGUACAGAACCUCCCCUGCAGGAUCUAAUAGUUUUCAUAAUGGAUCUGCAAAUAAUUAUCUGAUGCGUGGCAUCGUGGCAUCAAAUUGUAAAAGGGGAAUUGAUGGAAUAACGCUGAUGGUUUUAAAAACGCCUCAAGUUCUAAACCCUGAUGACGUCAUAAUACAAGUACGCGCUGUUGGAAUUGAUAUGAUUGACACAGAAAUUGCAAAAGGUCUCCUUCAUUCCAUUAGAAGGGCGCAUGGAUUGCGAAAAAUUGGCGAACCAUUUAUACUUGGACGUGAAUGUUCAGGGGUGGUUGUUGAUGUGGGAAGUCAGGUCCAAACGUUGGAAAUAAAUGACCGAGUUUGGGCAUAUCUUCCAUUGUGGAGUGGAAAAGGGGUCAUGUCUGAAUAUGUAGCAGUGCCAGAGAAAUUUGUAGCUUUGAAACCAAAUAAUAUUAGUUUUGAAGGUGCAGCCACUAUGCCCUAUGCAUUCAUCACCUUUUGGCAAGAGUGCAUUGAAAAAUAUCAAAUUAAUCCUAAUGACAUCAAAAAUAGAAGAAUCCUAAUACACUUGGGGUUAUCGAGUAAAAAUGAUGGAGUAGGACUUUUGGCAACUCAAUUACUAAAAUCUUGGGGUGCAAGGGUGACAAUUUCGACAGAAGAAAUGACAGAGGAUGACUCCAGUUCAGAAGUUGCACAAAUGACAUUUCUCCAUUCACUUAAAACGUUUGGUGCAGAAAGUCAUUUAAUAAUUCCUGUGGAUCACCAUCAACUGUCAAAUCUUGCUCAGAGGCUAUUUGACAUUGUGAUUAACACAGAUUCGUCCAAAAUAACUCCCCCGCUAUCAUAUUUUUGUAAAAGUCCCAACGACAAAGUAAUAGAAACUUUCCCGACUGAAAUUAACAACUACGCACCAGGGAUUGGAGCCCUGUUGUUGUCUCUCCUGUUCCCAUUGAAUCGAAUUCUUGAACAGACGGAGAAAUCGGUCGACCCACCAAAUGCCAAACUAAACGAGUGUAAACGCUUAGUGGAAUCCAGACUGAUUGUUCCGGUUGUUGCAAAGUCAUUUUUACCUAGUCAAUAUGAUCAAGCGUUUCGACAUGUGGCACGAACGUCAGAGUCAGCCAUAGCUCAUGCCACAGUGGGGAAAAGUGUUUUAGUAUUUAAAUCAACGUUCAAAUAAAAUUCUAAAUACGACAAUUAAAAAAUAGGACGUGUAAUAAUAAUUGAAAGUUAUAAAUUUGGAAGUUUAUUUAACGAACUUAUAUAAAAAUUAUUAUGAUAGCAAUAACAAACCUAAAUCUAGUUUUCAUCGCCA